AACUAUUGUUGGUGACCUAAAUAAUGAAUCCUGGUGGAGUUGAAGACCCGGAUAGUUUACCACCAGUUACUGUUAACAGAUCCUCGGCGUUGAUCUCAGCAAAGCUCGCGUCUCCCACUCAGUCACGUUAAGCAAUGCUUACUACGGUCAAUAACUGGAUGGGUGACCAUGCAGACAAUUAUAUCUAGGCCACAGCUAGUGGCCCCGGGAGAGCCUCGCACCCUGUACCGGUCUCCCUCCCCGGUACACGGUAUCCUCCACCCAUACAUUAACACCUGUAAACUGUUACCUGUAAUAACCUGCACAUUCAUACUUGUGUGACGUCAACAACAACAACAGGUGUUGAUGCAUCCACCACAACCUCAGUCACUGUGAUAACCAUAGAUUGGGAUGAGUUCUGUAACAGACAGAUCAAUUGAACCUGAGAAAUGCAGCAAGCAGGGUAAUUCUUCCCAUCACGAUAGUGGUGGCGAUGGUGUAGAGGGAGGUCCAUCCACACGUACGUCUUGUCAAUCACCAACAUUGUUUGAUAAUCUUGAAGAUGCUUCUCAAAAAAGGAAGGCAGUCAACCAUGAACUGCAUAGAGAUAGUACAUUUUCUUUGUAUGCGAAGAAAUAUAGCCAUCUCACACAGGGAAAUGGUUGUAGUGAAGAACUGGAAGGCCAGGCUACAAAAUCUGCAGUUUGGUCUGCACUCUCUUCACUUCAAGAAAUUUCAAAUACAGCAAAGGGAUCACUAGUAAAUAGGAAUGAUAACAAAAAUGGAGAAGAAUUAGCUUCUACAUCUUCAGUAGGACCAUCAGCUUGCCAUGGAGGGCAAAAUUGUGUGAAAUUUCUCUCGGCAUCUAAUGAAGACUCGGACAUCUCUCUUUUGGCAAAAUUAGACUUGGCCCAGGGUUUGGCAUCUCCCACAAGGCCACAUCAGAUCUUUCAGUGCCAUUCAGGUUCUCAGAAUCUGCAAAUGCAGUGUAUGCAGGAAGGUGGAGUUGAAAUUAAAAAAGAGAUUUUAUAUAAUUAUACUGAUGAGAAUGGAAUUGAUAAAGAUUUGUACAGCAACACUCUUAGAGAGAGAAUGCCCAACAUUCAGUUCAACAACAGCCCAACAUCAGAACAAAAUAAUGAUAACCAUUAUUUGGGUGCAAAUGAAGGAUGUCAACAAGAUGAUUUUGAUAGUGAAUGUCAUGAUUUUAAAUCUGAGAAUAUUAAUGCAUUCUCAAAUAAUUGUGCAGCCACAAUCCACUCAGAUUCUGAGGCAUUACUGUCAGGUGAAACUUCAAGGUUGUCUAUUACUUUACCAGUAUCUUCAGGUAUUCCAUCUUCAGUCAGGCCUUUAGUGAAAAUUAAUAAUGUGCAAGAAUACUCUGUACAAAAUAAAAUGUGCACUCAAAAACACCUAAAUGAAGAAACUUUUCCACCUGUAGAAGUAUUGAUACAGAAAGAAUACUUGGAGCGUGAGAAGAGAGUGCUUCUUGAACAGAGUGAGUGCAUUGAACUUCAAAGACUCAAUAUUCUCUGCAGUUUUUCAGGUGACAGUGGUAACUGCUCUAAGCUUUUGGAAGUAAAUGAAUUGCUGAAAACAGAAAUGAAAGAAAAAAUGUCUGAAAUUAAUAAUAAAUUAAUAAAACUGAAUAAAAGGCUCAGUCUGGAGGGCAGACCAGAUACUGUUGCAUCUGAUUAUAAAACUGUAAAAUGUCCAAAAUUUGCAUCUAAUACAAGAAUAAUAGCAGGAGGUAGAGGAUUUGAAUUCAGUAACAGUCAAAGGCAUAUGGAUUUGCAUCCUGUAGCAACUGUUAGGGAUAAUGUUGCUGAGAGAAAUGACCCAUUGCUCAAGAGUUCCUCUACAGUAGAGCUCAUCCCAAGAAGUUACUUUUUCCGUCCUAAUUGUAAAAGAAAGUGGACUGAUGAUGAAAGUGCUAACAUGAAUACCGACUACACAGUUGUUAAUGAUAAUAUUGGAAACUUGCAUGAAAGACGAAGUAAGAAAAUAAGAAAGGAUCUUGGCAAUGCAAGACGAACGCCUGUUUUGAAAGAGGAAUUUCUUCAGAGAGCUGCUCAAGUAAACUGGUGCAGACUGUGUAAUAUGUUCUUUCCCUCAAUUGUUAGCUAUGUGGACCAUCUAGCUACCUUGGAACACUUGCAAAGAAGAAAGAUAAAUGAUGGAAGCUGGCUAAGAAAGGUUCCUCAAGUGGAAUCAAAACAUAUUAAGCAAGAAGAGCCACAGGAUGUGUAUGGUGUUGAGUAUCUUGACUGUGUUCCUCUGUUCUUCUGUAACCUUUGUGAGGUGUUCAUCUGGGACAGAGAAGAAGUGAUGUUUCAUCCCAGCUGCUCACAGCAUGUGGAGAACUUCAAGAGGCAUGUGUCAGAAAAUGUUCAGCGUGAAUUAAACUUCUUCCAGAGAAAGACUGCUGCAUAUAAGAAUUAUUGUGAAGAACAAGAAUUGGAAAGUGAUGCAACUAACAAAGAAAAUGAGAUACCCCCAGAGCAUCAUCUUGGAUCUGACAGCUUUAUUACUGCAAAUACAUUAAGUUCAUCACUUAAUCAAAAUGUCAUAAGAACUUCAGAAGCAGAAUUUCUUAGACCAUUAAAGGAUAAAGGAACAGUCCCCAAAGCUGUGUCUAUAGCAACUGAAACAAUUGGUAGAACUGACGUCAACACAAACGCGGCUAGUUUUCAAGUCGGCAUUAAAGAGAGUGCAGCUGAGGCUAAAGAAUACACAGCUGCAGUGUGUUUGCCUUCAGCCAAUGUGCUCAACAGAUCAGACAUUUCUGUCAUCGCAACAGAUAUGAAAAGACCUGAGGAGGCUGAUGAAAGUAUAACCCAAAGUUUGUCUUGUUUGACAAAAGAUGCAACUAAUAAUAAAGUCGAUACAAGACUUGGCUCAUCCUCUGUGGGAGACAUAACAAAUCCUGUAAUAUCUCAUGAAUGUACCUCCCAAAGUUUCACUGAAAGAAUGUUACCACUAGCAAAUACUUUUGUUUGUAAUUUAAACAAGGAAGUAGACUCUUCAGCACUAGCAAAGAAAAAUCUGAUUGUGAAGCCUCAUGAAACUAUUGUUACAACAUGUUCCCUUCCUGGCAAUGACAACGUCUCCAGUGUAUAUUCCACAAGAGGUACCCUUUGUCCUGUACCAAGCCUAAGAGAAGUGGUAAAAUAUGAAGGGGAUACAUUUAACUCUAAUUUAAGUGAUUCAGACAAAUUAGAAUUAGUUGAAAGCACUGAGGAAAAUACUGUUUCAUAUUCUUCAGUUAGCCAUGACAGUGUUGAAGAGGUAUUAAAAUCUGAAAAUACUUUAACAGUUUCAACACCAGUUACUGAAGUUGUUAAAGAUGAAAUGUAUCAGCCUGAGGACCAAAUGGAUUCAGUACAAACAGAUAAUUUUUCCGAAGGUGUGGUAGUAGUCAAGGAGGAGACAACUGCUAUUAGAGCAACCAGCGAUGUGACUACUAAUGAAGAAGAUUCUAUAUCUUGCAUUCCUAAUUUUGGAAAUAAUAUAGUAUUAAAAAAUGAGCUUGAUUCUCAUAUCAUUGCUAGUAACAGUUUGGAAAAGGUUGGAAGUGGUAAUAGCAAGGCAAAAGGUACUGUAGUAAACAUAGAGCCAUGUAAAGGUUCAGAAGAUGAAGAGAACACUCUUCCUGCUUCAGCAGAGAUUAAUAGAGUUUCUAGCACUUCAAUAAAUGCAAUGAAAAGGAAAAAGGUUCAAAGAAUAAAGAGGGUGCUGCACACUGAGCCCAGUACUCAUUUUUCUUUUCAACCUAGAGAUACCAGGGUUGAAGAGGAUAUGGAAAGUUUAAGAAAUUUAAUGUCAACUGCAGAGAAUUCUCAAGUGUUGCAAGCUUCCAAAUUGCCAAAAGAUUCCUUGGUUACAUCCAGUGUUAGUGUAAGAAGGCCUAACAAUGAGGGUUGUGAGAAUAUUAGAAUAUUAAGGGUUUUGGGAAAACCUUACAGAAAACCUAAAAAGUUCAUUAGAUUUGAAGAUGAUCUACGUUUGGUUUGUGAAAAUGUUAAACCUGAGAUACUUUCACCGGAAAAAUCCAGCACUGCUCAUUCCCUUCAACCUAUUAGGCAAAAUGUGGAAGCACUAGAAAGGUUGUCAAAUUCAGCAGAGAAAGCAGAUGCAGACAAAAAUAAGAUUUCCUCCAAAGCAACGUGUAAAUUUAUACAAAUAAUAAAAAGUGCUUCUAAGACACCUUCAUGUGAAGUGUCAUUAAACCAAUUGAAGGCACCUGCCAGUUCAGUGAUUAUCAAAAGAGCAGAAUGUCAGUCGGCCAAGGUCACUCCACCUACAUCAAAAAUUAUUACCAUAACUAAUGCCAAUUGUAGUGAAGGCAACAUUUAUGCACACUCAGUAGACACUACUGAAAAUAAUGCCAAUUUUCCAGUCAGUAAGGUUAAGGUUUCAAUGGUCAAUAAUAUUGAGGCUUUACCAGUCAGUAAGCUGGUUGAGACUUUAGUGACCCCGAAGAAAAACUUGGAUGCACUGUCAGUUGCUUACAAGUGUGAUAAUGUAAGUAGCACAAGCAAAAAUAAAACUGCUGAAAGAAGUGAUGUUGAAGAACUGAUAAGUAAUGCAGAGACAGAAGAUAAACCAAAUCAUUCUUAUCUUGACACUCUAAAACGUUCAGGGGCCAUACAGUUAUCUCAUCAGCCAGUUGCAAUUAGUGGUAAUUUGAGAUUAGCAAAGAGAGUUCAACCUGAUAAUUUGGUCACUUGUGGCUCUACCCACAAUAUCCAAAAUGCUGACCCUUCUGCAGUGUGUCAUCGUACAGUAAAGACAAGUAGUGAUACGUCACAAAACACAAAUACAGAAAAGACAAGUAGUGAUGUAUCGCAAAACACACACACUGAAAAGACAAGUAGUGUUAUAUCACAAAAAAUACACACAGAAAAGAAUGGGCCAAACAAUGACCCUUGUCACCACGAGAACGUGAACACUUCUCCCUUAAAACGACCCAGAAUUUCUUUGAGCGAGUAUCGAAAGCGAAUAUCUGGUUCUAAAAACUUCAAAAGUAAAUUAUCCAAGGGAUUUAGAUCUGCCUUGGGUGAAUAUCGGAAAGCAAAUAAUAAAAAGGUAGAAAACAUCCUGAAAAAAAAUUAUCAAGAAUUACAAAGACUAAACCAGGGCACUUCAGACCACAACAGUUGCCAUCUUCACUCUGAAGAGGAAUCUGAGUCUAAUAAUUUAAGUUCUUCCUGCCAGAAUGAGAAAAAUAUCCUCCUGGAACUGCCAUCAACCCUAGAUUUCCUGUUGUCACCAUCUUCUGAUGAAAAUGUAUCAAUAACAGAUGAGAUGACACCACAGUCUUUGACCAGAUCCAAGAGUAGCCACCCUUAUCUCGACCUCUCUUUCUGGAGACCUGAACCUGAGCAGCUAUCACAGGUGGCUGUGGCUGCUCACAUUGCUGAAGCUGCUGUUGAGGCUUGUAAACCUGCUGCCUCUGAACCUGAGGGAGAUGUAGUUCUUGAAACAAAGGCUCAAGCUGUUAAGGAGACUUGUGUAACUGCUGCUUCUAAACCUAAAUUUCUUACAGCUAGUGAAAAAAAUGCUAGAAAAAAGAUAAACCGGGAUGUGUGGAAUCGCCUAAAGGUUCUCUUAGUUGGAGACAGCAGGUUGGAAAAUUUUGCCAAGACUAUGGCUCUCAAAGAUAGUACGAAGAAAGUUGUGUGCAUUCCUCGCCUGGAAGUUUUAGAGGCCUUGAGCAUCAUCUUUAAAGAAAUGACUGUUGAGACGUAUAAUGCAGUGUUUAUCAUGGUGGGACACGCUGACAUUACUUCCCUGAAGCAAGUAUGUGGUUGCAAGAAUCCAUAUGAAUAUUUAACCAUGAUGCCAUGCUCACCUGAGUUUCUCUUGAAAAGGGUAGAGGAAGUAAAUACAAACCUCAAGGCACUCUAUCCCAAUCUGUAUGUUCUUUGGGGUUCUUUGUAUCCAAUUGAGUUUUUGUCAUAUAACAAUAGUUUAGCUUUAAGUAAGCGUCUUGAGAUGCAUGAUUGCAAUUUAAAUAUGUUUUCUUAUGUGCAGAGUAUAAAAGCUCAUAAUAGUAUAUAUAAUGAAUUUAAUAAAAAAUUUGUUAAAUUCAUGAAAAUACAUAAUAUUCCAUUUAUUGAUUUGAAAAAUUAUUUAAGAUCUAAGAGAGUAAGAGCUCUUAAAUCUUUCACAAGUAUUUUAUGUGAUGGUGUUCAUGUGAAAACUAAUUUUACAGCCAAUUCUUCAGAUAAAAUAAGGAGGAGGAUAAUUUCAUAUUUUAUUCAAAUUGAGAAUAUAGAGAGUAAGAAUGAUUGAUUGUGAGGCUGUAGGUAUUAGAUUCUUAAAAGUACUAAAGUGUUAGCACUUUGGCUCCUUGAUGAUGCCUUAUGUUGCAUAAAACCAAAACAUGCGAGAGUGAGUGAUGACGCAAACGGUGUCAUUAACUUAAAAAUUUGUAAAUAAUAAAUUUAUUAUCCGAAUAAUAUGGGACUUGUUUUAAAAUGCGCACCAAUGUCUUCCCGUUCCAAAUUUGAUACCAAACUGAACGACAUAGCACAAAAAAUUGAGGUGGGAAAGCUGAAAAAGAGUAUAUAAACAUUAGAGUGUGGUGGUGAGCUCAUGGGUAAUGCUUGGCCUACCUUGUGGUGCCCAGCAGGCUGCCCGUCGUACCAGCGAAAGUGUUAAAAUGUUACUUAGGUGGAUUUUUAAAACAUUGUACACAGUAUAUUUAACCAUUGUAUAUAUUUAAACAUGGUAUUUAUUUCAGCAUUGUAUAUAUGUAUAGUAUUUUAUGUUCAUUAUUUAUGCUUGUUGCUUUCAUUAGAAACCCAUGAAAAACUUAAUUACUGUAAUUCAUAAGGAAUGUAUAAAAAUUUUGUUUAUGCAAAUAAUUUAUAUUUUUGUUAUUUUCUUCUGUGUAAUAAGGUAAAAAUAUUAUACACUGUAAACACUUCUAUAUAUUUGCUAGCUUUAAAAUCCUCAAUAGGGCCAGUCAUAAUUGUAUGCAUUUUAUUUAUUCUUAUAUUUUAUUACAACAAAUGUUGUAUAAGUAAAGAUUGGUCCUUACA